AUGCCCAUCGAUUUGGACACCAUCCAACAGUUUAAGCGCAACCUUCAACAAGCCGUCAUUGUAUGUUCUGACCGCUGUCUUCUCAAUGCCACCAAAUGGGCUGCGGAAUUGUUGGAUGGCAUCAAUGCUGAACUUUUACAAGACCAAGCCAACUUUACCCAAGAUCCACGAAAUGCCAGCAUUGUCUCUCUGCAUGCCACCGACUACGAAGCGAGUUUACCGCCUCUCAGCGAAAUGGAAUACAAUAAAUACCUAUACGCUAAAGCUCUCUUUCAAGCCCGCGAAUUCGAUCACGUCAACUUUGUAUUACAGCACCAAAAGGCCCCAAAGUUGCGAUUCCUCAGACUCUACGCUCGAUACAUGGCAGGUGAAAAACGAAAAGAAGAAAAAGGCCAAGAAAUCCUCGGCAUCACGGAAAAGAAGGGGGCUCAGAACAUGGAAUUAGACAUCAUUUAUGAAGAUCUUCGACCUGAUUAUGAAGAUAAUCAGUUGGAUGCCUUUUGCCUAUACCUAUACGGUAUCGUGUUACGAAGGAGGGACAAACCUCUUGCUGCCGCUACCGCUCUACUGCGAUCCAUCAAAAUAUAUGAAUACAACUGGUCGGCUUGGAUGGAACUGUCCGCUUUGGUGAAAGACCGAAAAAUGUUUCACGAUCUGCAAAACGUUCUACAGCAAGAGCUGCCACACAGCCUCGUGAAAAACAUCUGUCUAGCGCGGCUGGCCUCGGACCUUCUUGAGCCAAAGACAGUUUAUAAAGGUUUAAUGGACCCGCUCAUCCGGUACUUCUCCAAAAGCGCCUAUCUCAAAUCCCAAUGGGCGGCCUAUCUUAACAGUGCAAUGCUAUACAAUGAGUCAGAAAUUGAAUUUGACGCCAUCCGACGAUUGAAUCCAUACCGCUUGGAAGAUAUGGAUGUGUUUUCCAACAUUCUUUACAUUAUUAACGCAAGGCAGAAGCUGAGCGUAUUGGCCCGAAAAGCCGAACAAAUUGAUAAAUAUCGUCCCGAAACAUGUUGCAUUAUAGCCAAUUACUACACUAUGAAGUGUGAAUACUCAAAAUCCGUCCCGUACUUUAAGCGUGCGUUGAAGCUCAACCGAAAUUAUCAUUUGGCUUGGACCUUACUGGGACACGAUUACAUUGAACUAAAGAAUCCCAAAGCGGCGAUCGAAUGCUACGAACGAGCCACAGAAAUCAGCGAACGAGAUUACCGUGCAUGGUACGGCUUGGGACAAGCUUAUGAAGUUUUAAAAUUACCGUAUUACGCCGCUUAUUACUUUCAAAAAGCGGCUCAUCUGAGGCCGCACGAUGAACGUAUGUGGAACGCACUAGCGGCAUGUUAUGCAGCCCUUGGAAGAAAAGUCGAGUCCGAAGCAUGUUUCGGCCGAGUGCAAAAGUGCCGUGAAGAAAAGGCCAAAGUCACCAAAGAAGAAACGAAGGAUUACUUGCAUGCAUCCUUCUUUCCGCCUCCCGACUCGACCGAUGCCAUCCAGGAAGACCAAACGGGACAAGGAACCUCGUCCCAGGUGAAAUAA